AUGGCCACGAACGGGACCGCUAUCCCUCUCUUCACCCCCGGCCGCCUCCCUCCUGGGAAGGACAAGCAUCACAUCGUCGUCCUCGAGGGCAUCCACGCUAAAAUGCCCAGUUUCGACUUCCCGCACACCAUCGACGUGUACCCACGCACAUCGCCCUCCGCAGUGGCCGAGCGUAUCAAGGACGCCACCAUCGUCAUCGCCUGCGUAGUGCCAGUGACGCCGAGCGACAUGGACAACGCACCCUAUCUGGGCGUGCUGGCCGUCAUGGCCGUGGGGAUCCAGUGGGUGGACAAGCAGGACUGCGCCCGUCGGGGCGUCACCGUGACAAGGUGUACCGCCGGCAACGUCGACGCUGUCACCGAGCACUUCCUCGGCCUGUACUUCGCCGCCCGCAAGCGCGUCGUGCAGGUCCACAACACUAUGACCACUACCAACGAUUGGAUCGACAAGGGCACCCUCACGAAACUCUGGCCGUCCGGCCCGCCCCUGGGCUGUCGGCAGGAAACGCUGGGCAUCAUGGGCUACGGCACGCUGGGGACCCGGAUCGAGAAGCUCGCGAAGGCUGUCGGCUUCGGCGAGGUGUUGGUCAGCGAAAGGAAGAACGCCUCGACCGUCCGCCCGGGCAGGGUGUCUUUUGAUGAAGUCCUUCAGAGGGCUACCGUGGUCGGCGUGUGUCUGCCCAAGGAUCACGACACGAUCGACCUGAUCGGCGAGAAGGAACUGCGCACCAUGCGUAAGGAUGCCCUGAUUAUCAACGUCGCGCGUGGCGGCAUCGUCAACGAACACGCCCUCGCCCGGGCGCUGAGAGAAGGCUGGAUCGCUGGCGCCGCGACUGAUGUUCUGGAAACGGAGCCCGCGGGCCCAGGCACGAGUGCGCUGAUCCCGGACGUGGCCAAGGGCGAAGAGGAGGUGCCGAAUUUGACCAUUUCAUCCCACAUCGCCUGGUUCACGCAGUCCACGAUCGAAAACUACCAGCGCCUGCUCAAGGAAGGCAUCGAGGGCUGGGUCAACGGGACGCUGCAGGAGGCGACGGACAAAGUCAACAAGGUCGUCGUGGUGCAUAAUGGGCGCAUAUGGACCGAGUAA